AUGGUGCAUAUCCUUCAUACUAAUGGACAAUUCACUGGUCUCCCCCAUGAGGAUCCUCAAGUCCAUCUUCGGACUUUCAUAGACAUUAUCAAUACAUACAUCCCAAUUGGAGUCUCAUCAGACUAUGUAAGGUUGACUUUGUUCCCAUAUUCAUUGUUAGGAGCUACAAGGCGUUGGUUAGACUCUGAGCCACCAAACUCCAUCACUACUUGGGAUGAUCUAGCAAAGAAGUUCUUGAGUCGAUUUUUUCCCUCCAAGAAAACCGCCAAGCUGAGGAGUGAGAUAAUAAACUUUGCUCAAAAACAAGGAGAUGACAUGUACCAAGCAUGGGCACGUUUCAAACAAAUGUUGAAUGCUUGCCCACACCACAUGCAAACCAAUGAAGUACUUUGUCAUACUUUUUUUGAAGUUUUAGACUAUAAUGCUCGUUCUCUUCUUAAUAGUGCAGCAGGUGGACAAGCCCUAGCCAUAACAAGUGAAGAAUUUUUCGCCUUACUCGAUAAACUUUCUAAAGGGAACCAAGGGUAUGAGGGUGAAAUGGCUAGAAUUCCAACCCAAAAGGUUGUAGGGAUCUUAGAUGUAGACCAAGCUACUGCCAUAAAUGCUAAACUUGAUGCAAUGCAACAUAACAUUACAUUGCAAUUAAAACAAAUAGCUCUAAAUCAGGCCCCGGUAAAUGUAGUACAACAAGAAGCAAAUUGGUGUGAGGUAUGUGGUAGUGGAACACAUGAAACAGAGCAAUGUGAAGCAAACCCGAAUUCUGUAAACUAUGUGGGUAAUGCGCAAAGGAGUGGAGUGCAACAGAAUUAUGGUAACACUUACAACCUUAGUUGGCAAAACCAUCCUAACUUCUCAUGGGGUGGGAACCAAAAUCAAAAUCAGACGCAAGGGGUUAACCAAUACCGUUCUCAAGGGGCUGGGCAACAAUACUACAAUUCUAACCAAGGCUCAAAUGCUAGUGCACCUAAAGGGGGGAUGACUAAUGAAGAGCUACUCCAAAAGCUCAUGACUGAAAUAGGGACCAAAUUAAAUGCUAGAAUAGAUAAUUAG